UUCCCCCUUAAAGGGAUCAAUAUAGUAUAAUAAAUAAAAAAAAUAAUAAAUAAACUUGAUUCAACACUUGAUGAACACUGGUUCACAACCUCGACUUCUUCUUCUACUCUGUCGUGAAAUAUAGAAACCAGCAGAGUUUAUUCACUCUAAACCAGUUGAUGAAACACGCCUCAUUUCAAAAAGUUCACUCAUAAUUUGCUUGAGAGUUGAAUUGGAAAACACGACUAGUGUGAAGACUUGUUUUUAUUCUCUAAAUCCACAAUCCCAUUCAUUUCUUCAUCGAAACGUUUUAUUUCAGCACCGACUGCUCUGCUGUGGUUUAACACGUCUUUGGUCAAAUUCUUCUCUUUUAAGAAGAAGCUACAUGAUGUUGAGUGUGAUGAAAACUAAUAAUGUACCACAAGAAGGGAACAUGGUCAGAUUUAAAUCAAUUAUUUAAAAUGUAAUAACUUAUUUCACCUUUUCAUUAGUCGGCAGAAAGACGACUUUCCUUAAAUAAAGCCAGCCGAUCUCUUUGUUUAUGAGUCCUGUGAAUGCGUCGCGUCGCUGAAGACGCCUCUAGUUUCUAUGCUCACGACUCUUUCUUGUCUUCAGCCCCUGCGACCGUCCUCGUGUCAUCGAGUCCCUGAGGGGGGUGGAGGUGGUGGACAUCGCGGCCGGAGGGGCUCACAGCGCCUGCAUCGCGGCCAGCGGAGAGCUCUUCACCUGGGGGAAGGGUCGCUACGGACGGCUGGGACACGGAGACAGCGAGGACCAGCUCAAACCCAAACUGGUGGAUGCUCUGCAGGGUCACCGGGUCAUCGACGUAGCCUGCGGAAGCGGAGACGCCCAGACGCUGUGUCUCACGGACGAUGACAUGGUCUGGUCCUGGGGGGACGGGGACUACGGCAAACUGGGCCGAGGAGGAAGUGAUGGCUGCAAAAUCCCCAUGAAGAUCGACUCUCUCACGGGCCUCGGCGUGGUCAAAGUGGAGUGCGGCUCUCAGUUUUCUGUGGCUCUCACCAAGUCUGGAGCCGUGUACACGUGGGGGAAAGGAGACUAUCACCGGCUCGGCCACGGCUCCGACGACCACGUUAGACGACCGCGACAGGUUCAGGGGCUGCAGGGGAAGAAGGUCAUCGCCAUCGCCACGGGGUCACUGCACUGUGUGUGCUGCACAGAGGACGGAGAAGUGUACACAUGGGGGGACAACGACGAGGGCCAGCUGGGAGACGGGACCACCAACGCCAUCCAGAGGCCCCGGCUGGUGGCCGCGCUGCAGGGCAAGAAGAUCAACAGGGUGGCCUGUGGCUCCGCUCACACCCUCUCCUGGUCCACCAGCAAGCCCACCAACGCCGGGAAGCUGCCCGCUCAGGUCCCCAUGGAGUACAACCACCUGCAGGAGAUCCCCAUCAUGGCCCUGAGGAACAGGCUGCUGCUGCUGCAUCACAUCUCCGAGCUCUUCUGCCCGUGCAUCCCCAUGUUCGACCUGGAGGGUCGGCUGGGCCAGACGGGCCACGGACCCCCGGUGGGCUUCGACACGCUCAGAGGCAUCCUCAUCUCUCAGGGCAAGGAAGCAGCGUUCAGGAAGGUGGUUCAAGCCACGAUGGUGCGAGACAGACAGCAUGGACCGGUGGUGGAGCUCAACAGGAUACAGGUGAAGCGAUCUCGUAGUAAAGGAGGUCUGGCCGGUCCGGAUGGGACCAAGUCCGUGUUUGGUCAGAUGUGUUCUAAGAUGAGCUCGUUCAGCCCCGACAGUCUGCUGCUGCCUCACCGCGUCUGGAAGGUCAAGUUUGUAGGGGAGUCUGUGGACGACUGCGGCGGAGGCUACAGCGAGUCCAUCGCCGAAAUGUGCGAGGAGCUUCAGAACGCGUUGACGCCGCUGCUCAUCGUCACGCCCAACGGCCGUGACGAGUCGGGCGCCAACCGGGACUGUUUCCUGCUCAACCCGGCGGCCAAGUCCGCCCUCCACAUGAGCAUGUUCCGCUUCCUAGGAGUUCUGCUGGGCAUCGCCAUCCGGACCGGGAGCCCCCUGAGUCUGAAUCUGGCCGAGCCGGUGUGGAAACAGCUGGCCGGCAUGAACCUGACCAUCGCCGACCUCAGUGAGGUCGAUAAGGAUUUCAUUCCCGGCUUGAUGUACAUCCGGGACAACGAGGCCACAGCGGAGGAGUUUGAGGCCAUGACGCUUCCCUUCACGGUGCCCAACGCCAGCGGACAAGACAUCCAGCUGAGCUCCAAGUACUCACACAUCACCCUGGAGAACCGCGCAGAAUACGUCCGCCUGGCUAUUAACUACAGGCUCCAUGAGUUUGACGAGCAGGUGUCGGCGGUCAGAGAGGGGAUGGCUCGAGUAGUUCCCGUCCCUCUGUUGUCUCUGUUCACCGGAUACGAACUGGAGACGAUGGUGUGUGGAAGCCCAGACAUCCCGCUCCACCUGCUGAAGUCCGUGGCCACGUAUAAAGGGGUGGAGCCCACGUCGUCGCUCAUCCAGUGGUUCUGGGAGGUGAUGGAGUCCUUCUCCAACACGGAGCGGUCUCUCUUCCUGAGGUUCGUCUGGGGGCGCACGCGUCUGCCGCGCACCAUCGCCGACUUCCGGGGGCGGGACUUUGUUGUGCAGGUGCUGGAUAAGUACAACCCUCCCGACCACUUCCUGCCCGAGUCCUACACCUGCUUCUUCCUGCUCAAGCUGCCCAGGUACUCGUGCAAACAGGUGCUGGAGGAGAAGCUCAAAUACGCCAUCCACUUCUGCAAGUCCAUCGACACCGACGACUACGCCCGCAUCGCGCUGUCCGGUGAGCCGGCCGCCGACGACAGCAGCGAGGACUCGGACAACGAGGACGCCGACUCCUUCGCCUCAGACUCCACCCAGGACUACCUGACGGGACACUGAGGAGGAGGUCUACCUGACGGGA